GAUUGUUUCUGUAUGUCUUGGAAGACCAAUGGCUGCAAAUGAUAGCGACUGCUGCUGUGCCUUGCCGCUCCCACUUGGAGACGAGGAAGUGGAUACACUAUACAGUCUGGAGGGAACUUUAGACCAUGACAUGAACCCACGGUCAGCUGUAUCAGGCUUUUUAGAUCUAAUAGGGCUUUGCAAGGUAUCUGGUGAAGUGCAAAGUAUCCAAUCGCCCACCGAGAUACGCGACCUUGGAACUAAGGUUGGGCAAAAGAGGGUCAUGGACCUAGCGCUAGGGCAAGAGAAGUCAUUAGACAUCUGGCUCAAAGACCUUCCAGAACACCUACAAUCAUCUGAGAGCAUUAUGAGUGCAGGAUCCAAGUCUGAGCUGUCUGUCCAAAGCUUGAUUAUACACGAUGGAACACUCGUUGCUCUAUACCAGACUUUUGCCCGUAGAAAGCAUUCAUUCAGCCAGCGACAAACCGUAGAGAAUUGUGUAACCGCUGCCAGGAGUUGCAUUAAUAAUUCGAGGCAUAUGAGAGACUUGGUACCACCUUCCCACUAUCUAGCAUUAUGCGUGAACUACCUCACUAUAUCUGGCCUUGUCCUGUUACGA